AUGCGUAGGCUUAAACCUCAGAAGAAGCUGAUUUGCAAUUGGCCUUAUAAUAUACUCUAUGAGAUUCGCAGGUUUACUGAAUCACAAAGAAAUCCUCUAACCGAUCCAUUGGUGCUGUGGCUCAAUGGUGGUCCUGGAUGCAGUUCUUUAGGUGGUUUAUUGUCUGAGUUGGGUCCGUAUUGGAUAAAUCCAGAUGGUGCAACGUUCACCGAGAACGCUUUCUCAUGGAAUAAGUUCGCCAACGUCCUAUUUCUUGAGUCCCCAAGAAAUGUCGGUUUUUCGUACCAAAACAUGUCUGAAAAUCAAGAAAGCAAGUAUAAUGAUGAACUGACGGCUCGGGACAACUUCUUGGCUGUGAUGGACUUUUUAACCGUGUAUCCCGAAUACAUAAACCGAGAUUUCUACGUCAGCGGAGAGUCAUACGGUGGUGUGUACGUGCCAACAUUAGUAUCGCUUAUGAUUGACGAGAUUCAGGAUCCAAUUCAUGACGCACCCUGA